CUUUUCAUGUUAGCCACAGAAAGUCAUUUAGUCAGUGACAGCCUUCUGCCGUCUCCUGGUUUCUACCCCCUUAUGUACGUGCAUCUCACAACCCCCUUCUUCCUCUUCCCUCCCCUACCACACGCACUCUGGACACACAGAAGAAAGGAUCUCAUCCUGGGCCUCAUCUUCAUACUGUCAUGGAUGGGAAGGUAAGAAGAUGGUAUCCAGUGAAGAUCCUGAUUGUUGCAGUCUGCGGCUCUCUUAUUGCAUCUGUAAAUGGAUGCAACAAAGCCCUCUGUGCAAGUGAUGUCAGCAAGUGUCUCUUGCAGGAGCUCUGUCAGUGCAGCAUGAAAGGAGACGAGUGUCCUUGCUGCCAGGAUUGCAUGAUGUGUCUGGGCAGUAUUUGGGAACAGUGCUGCUCUUGUGUGGGUUUGUGCAGUGAGCAUAAAGGAAGUCGCAAACUUGCAGCCCGAAGAAGUUCACUAGAGGAGCUACCUUUCCCAUUGCCAUCUCUGUUCCAGUCUCUAUGUGAACUGCAGGGAGAUGCAGCUGUAGACUGGACCAUUCACACUCUGCCCGCAUCUAAAGAAUUCAGCCAGAUGUCUCAUAUGGAUCAUAUCCUUCUCGGCACUCAUUCAGCUUUACCUUCCCCACCUUCUGUGAAUGUAGCUGCCAUUUGCACAGUGAUGUAUUUUAAACCCUGUAUGACUAUGAAAAGAUGCCAGGAGUCCUGUGAAGUUACCGGCUCCUCGAGGUACCGUUGGUUCCAUAACGGAUGCUGUCAAUGUGUGGGGCCCGACUGCUAUGGAUAUGGCAACAAAGAGCCACUAUGCCAGCAAUGCCAUCCUAAGGGAAUGCUGUUAUCUGGAGGAGACGCAUAAUAACUCUGGAAAUAA